GAUCUUCAAAUAAUUUUAAAAACCUUUCGCGAAAAUGAUCACUUUAUUGAUCGUUUAAACAGUUUCAUUUAUCAUAAUGUUCAUAAUGAUUUUACCUACAUUAUUGAAGCAGCUUCUUAUCCCCUGUCUUUUAUGCCUAUUUAUGACUUGAGAAAGAUUGAGAAAUCACCUGAUGCAAACACCAAACCUGACACUGAAGACACAUUCGGUUUCGUAGCUGUGGAUGAAAAUGGUUAUAUUAUUCCGAAAAGUUAUCAAAUAAAUGGGUUUUAUAGGUUAAUCACAGGACAAAAUGGGCUCAUGAAACCAAGCGACUAUGUUUUAAAA